CUACUACUGCCUUCCCGCAACCACGCCUCCCCCUCCCCUCCCCUCCCCUCCCGCCGCCGAGAUCGGACCCUCCUCCUCCUCCGCCAUGGCGCCGUCUCUGCUCGGGGGGUUCACCAAGUCGCUGGCCAUGACCGUGCUCUCGGAGAUCGGCGACAAGACCUUCUUCGCCGCCGCGAUUUUGGCUAUGCGCCAUCCCCGGAAGCUCGUCCUUGCUGGCUGUCUCACUUCAUUAACAGUGAUGACAAUUCUAUCAGUUUCACUUGGUUGGGUUGCGCCAAAUCUGAUAUCACGUAAAUGGACUCAUCAUGUGACCACUCUGCUGUUCAUUGUGUUUGGCAUUUUGUCAUUGUGGGAAGGCUUCAAAGAAGAUGGAGAUUCAGAAGAAUUGGCUGAAGUGGAAGCUGAGCUGGAUGCUGACUUCAAAAGCAACAAAGCAGAAUCCAAAAAUAAAUCUAAGGUUAAUGAUGAUGCAAAGAAGAAGCAAAGACCAUUUGUUUUGCAGUUCUUCUCACCAAUUUUUAUAAAGGCAUUUUCCAUUACAUUCUUUGGAGAGUGGGGUGAUAAGAGCCAAAUUGCUACUAUUGGCUUGGCUGCCGAUGAAAACCCAUUCGGUGUUGUCCUGGGAGGAGUCAUGGCGCAAGCACUCUGCACUACUGCUGCUGUUAUGGGAGGAAAAAGCUUGGCCUCUCAAAUAUCUGAAAAAAUGGUCGGAUUGUCCAGCGGAGUGCUAUUCCUGCUGUUUGGUAUUAUGUCAUACCUUUCAGGACCAGAAGGAGAGCUGUAAUGACUCCAGGAAAUUCACGCGAAGUGUUAAUCGUGGCUGGUUAACAAGCUUGCUUUCACUACGACUUAAAUCUUAUCUGAGUAGAUGGACGAUGGCGACAAAGUGCUGAUCCGUUGCAAGCAAGAUGACGAGUCCUUAGCUUAGUCAACACAUUGUAAACAUUUCACUCAUCAUUCAUAAAUAACAAGAUGGUACCAAAGACUAUACUGGGUGCUUCGUGUUAGUCCCAGCACAAGUCAACAUUCAGCCAAAACUGCCGGAGUGGUUGCUACAUACUGCC